CCUGCUUUAGAGAGGACACCACUGAUGAAAAGAAUCAUCCUACCUUAUGACAACCUAAGAAACCAAUGGAAAAAAGGAAUUCAAAGAAAUAUUAAGUUGUGUGCAAGCUGUUUGCAGACUGAAGUGAGGCAUUGAAGAGACAGAGAUUGAAUCCAAGGUGCUUGUGAGAGAAGACGACAUAAAAUCAUACACUUUCAUUCAAGAACAGCUGUACAAUAGUGAUGGACUGUAGAAAGUGAGCACUCUAUCCCUACGAAGUUAACCAUCCUGGACGUAGACUGCUGGACGACAAGAUGCCUCCUACCAUGAGCUUAGUGUAGCUUCUGAGUGCUGCUAAACAUGAGGAGCAGAGACAUGGAGGAUUGAAGUGAAACUGCUGCUGCUGAACUGAGCGGUCCUUAACAAGCAGCCAUUCGCACCGUGUAGAAGCCAGACACCAACACACUUUGAAUCACCUCACCUCGCUCCCCUCUGCUUUCUCUCGCUCUCGCUUUUCUUUCUUGUUCUGUGUGCGAUGAAGAUCUGAGGAUUUGUCAUCAUGCCAGUGAUGAAAGGGCUCCUGGCCCCCCAGAACACCUUUCUUGACACCAUCGCCAAGCGCUUUGAUGGCACACACAGUAACUUCCUGCUGGGAAAUGCUCAGGGGAGUCGCGGGUACCCCAUUGUGUACUGUUCGGAUGGGUUUUGCGAGCUCACCGGGUUUGCACGUACCGAGGUAAUGAAGAAGACAUGCACAUGUCAGUUCCUGCACGGACAGGAAACAAGCGAGAGAGUCACUCAGCAGGUGGAGAAAACCUUGGAAGGACAGAGAGAGUUCCAGACAGAGGUCCGCUAUUACAGGAAGAACGGUACCACAUUCUGGUGUCUGCUGGACAUUGUCCCUAUCAAAAAUGAGAAAGGAGAAGUUGUUCUUUUUCUCUUAUCCUUCAAAAACAUCACUGAUUCGUAUGGCAAAUCACACCCCGGCUCCACCACAGAAGAGGAUGGUGCUCACAACAGGAAGUCCGGUCGAACUCAUCUGAGUCAAGCUCGUGAGCGUGGCCGCAGCGUUCUGUAUCACCUGACCUGUCAGUUCACCAAUAGGAGCAAAAGGAAGCUGCCAAAUCAUGUCUUUUCACAGCCAACUCUUCCGGAAUACAAGGUGGCGUCUGUGCAGAAAUCCCGCUUCAUUUUGCUUCAUUACAGCUUGUGCAAAGCAUUGUGGGAUUGGUUGAUCCUCCUUGCAACCUUUUAUGUAGCUGUCACCGUCCCCUACAACGUCUGCUUCUCCACCCCCGAUGACAGCGAACAAGACAACCCGGACUGUGACUCGGCCUCCAGAACCACCAUCGUCAGCGACAUAGCUGUGGAGAUGCUCUUCAUCCUCGAUAUCAUUCUGAAUUUCCGAACCACCUACGUUGGGCCUGCGGGUCAAGUGGUUUAUGAUGCCCGCUCGAUCUGUUUGCACUACUGUACUACCUGGUUCAUCCUGGACCUCAUCGCUGCUCUGCCCUUUGACCUGCUCUAUUUAUUCAACAUCUCGGUGACUUCCCUUGUGCACUUGUUGAAGACAGUGCGUUUGCUGCGUCUCCUGCGCUUGCUGCAGAAGCUGGAUGGUUAUUCUCAAUACAGUGCUGUGGUCCUGACACUAUUAAUGUCUGUGUUUGCCCUGCUGGCACAUUGGUUGGCAUGUGUUUGGUACGUUAUUGGACGCAAAGAGCUUGCCAGCAACGACCCCCUGACCUGGGACAUCGGUUGGCUACAGGAGUUGGGUAAGCGUCUGGAGACUCCUUACACGAAUGGUACAGUUGGUGGCCCAUCUUUGCGCAGCGCCUACAUCGCUUCGCUCUACUUCACGUUGAGCAGUCUGACUAGCGUCGGGUUCGGAAACGUCUGUGCCAACACAGACGCUGAGAAGAUCUUCUCCAUCUGCACCAUGCUUAUCGGGGCCCUGAUGCAUGCGGUGGUGUUUGGUAAUGUGACAGCCAUCAUCCAGCGCAUGUACUCUCGUCGCUCGCUCUACCACACGCGCAUGAAGGAUCUGAAGGACUUUAUCCGUGUGCAUCGCCUGCCUCAGCAGCUGAAACAGCGGAUGCUGGAGUACUUCCAGACCACCUGGUCUGUCAACAAUGGUAUCAACGCAAACGAGCUUUUACAUGACUUCCCAGACGAGUUGCGGGCAGACAUCGCCAUGCAUCUGAACAAAGACAUUCUGCAGCUGCCUCUCUUCUCCUCUGCCAGUAGAGGGUGCCUGCGUUCACUAUCCUUGCACAUUAAGACCUCCUUCUGUGCACCUGGAGAGUACCUGAUUCGCCAUGGAGACGCCCUGCAUGCGCAACACUUCGUCUGCUCUGGGUCUUUAGAGGUCCUCAAGGACGGCAUGGUGCUUGCCAUACUAGGUAAAGGAGACCUGAUUGGUGCUGACCUGCCUGGGAAGGAUCAGGUGAUCAAAGCUAAUGCAGAUGUGAAGGCCCUGACCUACUGUGACCUGCAGUACAUCAGUGUCCGAGCGCUGCAGGAGGUUCUAGAGCUCUACCCAGAAUAUGGCAGCCGCUUCAAUGAGGACAUUCACCACAACCUCACCUACAACCUCAGAGAGGGCCAUGCCAGAUUCUUUCGGUCAACUCGACUUCCACAGGAACACUAUGACGAUUCCAAGCUACCCUUUAUUGUGGAGGAAGAGCAAAAGGAGGAUGCUGGACAGAACCAGAGCAGGAAGCCCCUGCUGUCCAGCUUGAGUGGUCCUUCAUCUCAGACUAAUCUGAGUGCCAUGAUAGGGGAGGAGUUUCGGCACCUUAGCUUGCUCCGUCUCUGCAGAUCGCCCAUUAAAAGCUCCCGGGUACAAAGCCCUGCUCCUCAGAUGCCACUUCAUGAGGAUCUGUCUCCAGGUGCAGUUCCCGUCCCAAGAAUAAACAACAGCUUCUGCCACAAACCAGCCAAACUGCUCAUUCCCACCCUGAACUGUGUCAGCCCUCUGGACCUGAGCCCGCGGGUUGUUGAUGGGAUUGAGGAUAACGAACAUGCUUUUCACUUCAAUGUUGAGCACAGUGAGCCAUCUCCUUACACAGAGGUCAAAGAUCCGUUUCAGGUCAGCGCAAACCUUCUCCUUGAGACAGAGGAAGUCAGACAGAGUCUCCGUCAACUCAAUACAGAGAUGAACCACCUGAACCAGGAAGUGUCCUCACUGACCAAGGAGCUCCACGAAAUGAUGCAAUUCCUGCAUUCACACCUGACCCCACCGCACUUCAGCUCCUCUUUUACUCCCUUCAGCUCUUUCAACUGUCAUACAUCACCCAACUGCACCAACGUGGCUUCCUCUACCGCCGACUGGCCGUCUAGGCUGGGCUUUAACAUGCCGACCAGUCCUUGCCUGCAGCCGGAUCCCUCUUGUAGAGAUUCUUUAGGAUCCAGGCACACGUGCAUUUGCAGCGUCAGCCAUGCCCAGGAAAGAGGCUCCAUCCUGGGGCAGGAAGGGGACAUUGAGCUCCUCAAUCAAGCCCCCAGCUCUCACUCAGCCUAUUUUCCAUGCUGCCCUGACCAGGAAAGGGUUGCUACCUUGGGUGUAGAGAGUCAGCUAAACCCAUAUCAGACUUCUAAGACCACACCAAACUCUCCUUAUCCAGGACACCACGUUCCCCGCACUGGCGGGUCACUCUUAGGCUUGGCGUCCAGUGGUUUGGUCCCUCAGGUUCAGAGUGGGGGUCCGGGCAACACAUCGUCUCUGAUCACCCAUAACAUCCAGAGUCAGUCGCAUCCGUCUUUAAACAUACAGAUGACAUCUGACCUGCACUCCAGGGCACCCAUACCCAUCCAUUUAUCCGUUACACCAACCGGCCCAUCAGAGCCUCUCUUAGCAGUCAGUUCGCAUUUGCAUUCCGGGAUUUGUAGUUCCAGCUUGCUACAUUUCCCUACAGGCCUGAGACAGAAUGAUCUGGUGGGAUCAAGUCCUGUUCACACACUUGAGCCCAUCGUUUCAUCCACUGGAGGGAAACAGGUGAAGCCAGGAACUGCUGAGGAACGACACAUUGAUUAAGCCAUCACUGAGCAGGAGUGAUGGACAUAUUAAGAAGAGUCGUCUAACAUGCUCUUUGUCUCUUGCAUGGAUAAUGCCCUCAUUUUAAGCCAAAUGCAAUGCAUUGUGGGAGCAGUGUAGGUGGGUUAUGCUAGAUAAGCAUGAUAAUGUGCACAACUGUGCCUAUUGUUUCAAAAUUGCCACUUUUUAGAUUAAAGUAGGACUUAAAGGUCAGUAUGAGUCAUGGUUAAUUGUAUUUAGCUAAAAUCUGUUUCCACUGGUUGGGUUUGUCUUACUUAAUAUGGCUUGAUUUUACAUUGGCAGUUUUACCAAGUAGGUUUUGCAUAAGACAGUGUCCCCUAGGACUGAGUCAUAGAUUACGAAGAGCCAGAAUCUUUUUCAAAGCCUCACUUUAAAUCUCUUUCAGUUUGAAAACCAUUAAAAUGUACCUAUUUGCAUGAUAUAAUACGAUUUUAUUUCCCUGGCAUUUUCUGCUAAAGGGACAGUUCACCACAAAAUUUUGUCAUCAUUUACUCACCCUCAUGUUGUUGCAGACCUGUAUGACUUUUUAUUUUGUGGAACAUAAAAGAUCAUUUGAGAAGAUGCCUUUUUUGUUGUCAUAAAAUAGAAGUCAAUAGUAACCAGAAUUGUUUGGUUUCCAACUUAUUUUAUUUAGUUAUAAUUGUAUAAUUUUACCAAAAACUACUUGAAUUGUUUGUCUCUUGCACGCAGAAUGUUUAUAAAAGCAUGUGCAGAACAAUAUACAUUUAUUUUUGUUGCUGAUCCUCUUUUUUCAUCGUCGGAAAGUUUUGGGGAAAAAAAUAUUGAUUUAUUCUUUGUCUACAUACAGUAUAUAUUUUUCUGGGCCUGUUUCAUGCCUGUAUUGUUAAAUAAAACUUACGUUUCCUUAUCUCUCAGUUGCACCUGCACUGUAAAAAAAUGUUGUUGAUUUCA